CUGUCCGCGAAGGCAGCGUGUAACCCGGAAGUGAAGGGUUAGAGUAGCGGAAGUGAGUGGACGGCGGCGGCGGCGGGUCCGAGUCCGGAUUUAACUUCACGCUGUCGGUGUCAAACGUUUCAUCGGUGACGGUUUGUCGCGAGUCAACGUGUCCGAGUUCGUGACGCCGCCGAGUUUCACGGUAACGGAAUCACAUCCAGCCGCCGAGAACCCGCCAGGUAGCACGAGCGAGCUAACGCUAACGCCCGUCAGCUAACGUACGAAACUAACGUACGUAACUGCCGAUGAUUCAUUUAAACCGUUUUCAGCAGCGUCACCGAGAGACACACAACCGUUGAGAAGCAGAUGCUCGGUUUGUGUUGAGGUGUGAUGUCGGACCCAACCGUGAACAUGUGCCUCUCCGGUGACCCUGCACAGAAGAGAGCAAGAAACCGAAAGUGGAAAAACAAGCGGUUUAAUAAACUCGUGCCACACUCGGGGCAGCAGGGAUACGUGGAAGGUGAACAGAGGGACCAGCACCCCCGUGGGCCCAGACACGACCAGACCCCACUCCACAAUGGACUGUGCUCAGGGCCUCCGUCACCUGCCACUUCCACACAAAGCACAAGUUUACCUCAUCCAGGCAACACUUCACACCGCCGGCCUUCCUCCACUCUGCCUGUGAACAGCCUCGGAGGCCACGAGAAGCCAAAGGAACCCGUGAGCUUAAAAUCAGCAGCCGCCAACCCCGGCCCCUCAGGAUCGAGCAGCCCUAAACCCGCCGCCACGUCCACAGCGAUCCCCACCAAAUUCCUCGCUAUGGACUGUGAGAUGGUGGGUGCGGGACCUAAAGGGCACAUCAGCCAGCUUGCACGCUGCAGUAUAGUGUCCUAUGACGGAGAUGUCGUCUACGAUAAGUUCAUCAACCCCUCCAUGCCCGUGACUGACUACCGCACCCGAUGGAGUGGAAUCCGGCACAGGGAUCUCAUCAAGGCCACACCGUACUCGGAGGCCCGGAAGGAGAUACUGAGGCUGCUGAUGGGGAAGGUUGUGAUCGGCCACGCCAUCCACAAUGACUUCAAGGUGCUUGGUUACUCCCACCCCGCUGCCUUGACCAGAGACACGUCGCGGAUCCCACUGCUCAACUUGAAGGCCGGUUUUUCUGCGCAUGAGUGUGCGUCACUGAAGAGACUCACCAAGGCCAUUUUCAACCGUGACAUCCAGACUGGGAAGAAGGGUCACUCGUCCGUGGAGGAUGCAAAAGCCACAAUGGAGCUUUACAAAGUGGUGGAGGAGGAGUGGGAGAGGAGGCUCGCCUCCAAGCCGCAGGGCAGAUAAUGCCCGGUCUGCGCAGAAGCUGUGGACAUUGAACUGAAUUUGAUUGAACUUUGAGGUGCGGCAGGUAUGUGAUCUGAACUCACUGCAGCUUUGCAGGAUCAACCCCCUUUAAGUGUCCUGUCAACAAGCGAAUGAAGAAUCCAGGAAGAGUGAAAUGGAGAAGAAGAACAUGAACAACUGUUGAGUCGCACACUUUGCAGAGACCUUCGGUUCAACAGAAAGAUUCUUUCUCAGGUUUCUGUGUGUUAAGAUGGUGCAUCUGCCACUAGGGGGCAGUCAUGUAUUCAUCCCAGCAACAAACGUACAUUAUUGUAACAGCAUCUGUGAUGGCAAACACCAAAAAACAGAUUUCAACCAGAGCAGCAGCUUCUCCUGGACGAGGUCAUGCUCCUCUUCUUUUUUUACCGUUCCAGCACUGAUGGAAAAAAAAAACAUUUUCAAGUCUGACCUCAACUGCUACUAACGGAGCUCCACCACGAGUCCCUCAUUAGUGCAGAUUUCUAUGGUUUUUAAUUGUCUUUUAAUUCAAAUCAAAGACACAGUCCUGCUCAGUAUUCAGCUUUGAGGAACAUGCAGUGAUGUUCUUUUGGGCCAUAGCCCAUUUUGAAAUACUGAGGUCCCGAGUGCAGCUUCUGUUGCCGUUACAUUUCAUCUUUUCCAGACACAUUUUCAAAAGUGACUAAAUAUCUUGUUUUUAUAUUCAAAGACCUGUAAAGCUCCUACAGAGGUUUUAGUGAUGCAUAGUAGAUCAUUCUAUAAGCUCAGAAACACCUCAGGUUCUGGUGCAUACAAGCAGGAGGUUCUAAAUCGAAAUGAAUGUAGUCACUGAUCAUUGUCUUGGCUAAUGCAUUGUACAGGUAACAUAUUGUUAAUCCCCCAAAAUAAAGAGGAUGUGACCUCA